AUGUGUCCUUUAUCCGUGUCGGCAGCUCGUCGCCACAUCAACACGUCGGACAGACAGAGCAACGCUGGCGUCAAGGUUUCCCUUUGCGUGCGCCCUGCACGUACAGCUCUUUGGUUUGCUUUGAGCCGCAUUGUUGAUCCGUACGAUGACGGCGGCGGCGACGUACGGACACCUGAAUGCGUUGGUAAGGCAAGUCGAAGCUAUCAGCUGGUCGCGGGUAACCUGCCUCAAAUGGCCGGAGCUCAACUGGCACUGGAGCUUAUGAACCUUUAG